UUGGCAUCAAACUCUCUUGAAGAACUUUCUUUAAUCUGGCCUUCAUAUUUACAACAUUAUAUGGAAGAAAUAAGUUGUAGUACUACUCCAACUCCAAGAGCAAUGCUCUCUUUUCCAGGAACCCACUUGCCGGAAAGUCCAAGAGGACCGAUGGAGUUCUUGUCGAGGUCUUGGAGUGCGUCAGCUCUUGAAGUUUCCAAAGCUCUCGCGCCUUCUUCUUGCAACAACAACAAUAAUAUUAUGGGCUCCAACAAGUCGGCUAGUACUUCUUCUUGCACUACAACUUGUAUACCGGAAGAUAUUGCCGGUGAAACUGAGAAGCUCAUCAAUGCCGCAACUGGGUUUGCAAAUCAGUUCUCUUUCGCCUCUUCGGCAACUUCUCAGCUCAUUCUUGAACGUAUCAUGUCACAAUCCGAAGUUUCACCAUUAACGUCUGGGAGGCUUUCUCACAGCAGUGGACCUUUGAAUGGAGGCUCUUUGACUGAAACAGACAGCCCUCCAGUGUCUCCUUCCGAAGAGUUCGACGAUGUCGUUAAGUAUUUUCGUUGCAACAACUCCAUACAACCUCUAUUCAAUAACACACGCGCUAGUGCUAGCAACAUUGUUUGUAGCACCCCUGGUGGGAGAGCCAAGACGGUGGGGAGGUGGUUGAAGGACAGAAAGGAGAAGAAGAAAGAAGAAAAUAGAGCCCACAAUGCGCAGCUCCAUGCAGCUGUUUCGGUGGCUGCAGUGGCUGCUGCUGUAGCAGCCGUUACAGCGGCUACUACAGCGUCUUCAUCUUCAAGAAAGGAGCAGUCAGCCCAGACCGAUACGGCUGUGGCAUCUGCAGCAACCUUGGUGGCUGCUCAGUGUGUCGAAGCUGCUGAAGCUAUGGGAGUAGAGCGUGACCACCUGGCUUUGGUCAUUAGCUCUGCCGUUAAUGUUCGUUCCCACGAUGACAUUAUCACUCUUACAGCUGCAGCAGCUACAGCUCUACGGGGAGCAGCGACAUUAAAAGCAAGAGCAUUGAAAGAGGUGCUGAACGUUGCGGCAGUGAUACCAGUGGAGCGAGGUACUGGAGGGUCUAUUGGUGGUAAAGUCAAUAACAGUCAUCUUAAUCAUAGCUUUAGCGGAGAGGUUGCCCCGGGAGAUGAUUUUCUGAGUGCAUGUAGCCAGGAGUUCCUAGCCAAAGGUUCUGAACUUCUGAAGCGAACUCGCAAAGGUGACCUUCACUGGAAAAUUGUCUCCGUUUAUAUCAACAAGACAGGCCAGGUGAUGCUGAAGAUGAAGAGCAAACAUGUUGCAAAAACCGUCACCAAAAAGAAGAGAAAUGUGGUAUUAGAGGUAUGCAAAGACAUGCCAGCUUGGCCAGGGAGACACUUAUUCGACAGCGGCGAACAGCGUCGCUACUUUGGGUUAAAAACAGAGGCACGAGGGGUGGUUGAAUUUGAGUGCAAGAACCAGAGAGAAUAUGAUAUCUGGACUCAAGGAGUCUCAAGACUUCUCAACAAUGUUGCCGAAAGAAAGCUUAAAAUUUGAUAUUGCUGGACUGGGGGGCCGGGGCCGGGGCCGGGGCCGGGGCCAGGACACCGAGUCUUCUGAACAACAAAAACGAAUGAUAAAUUGUAUCUGGGCUCUAUGCACAACUGGUGGGGUAGUUUAUACGUAAGGUAUGAAAAGUUAUUCCCUUUGGUAAGUUAAAAACACUGCUCUACUGUUGGACGCCACUCAUUGUGUUGAAAAUCAGAAGAAUCUCAUCAAGGUUGCUAUGUAAAUCUAUAAGUGAGAUUGUUAGCCUAUUUAUUAGUUCGAUUUUAACACAUUCUCCAUCAAUGCACUGAAAAUCCAUCUGGGUUUGUCAUA